AUGGCAAGCUAUCGGUGGCUCUUCGCACGUGCCAUUCUCCCUUUUGUUCUUCUAUUUGCCCCCACGAUGAUGGCGCAGGAAUCACCUCCAAUCACAGACAUAUCCAGCAUCAUAUCUAUGGACGACUUGAGGUUGCCUACCUGGGGCGAUGCUACUCUCGAGCCCGAUAUUAAAGAUGAGGAAUACUUUGCAUUCGAUACGAAAAACUUUGACGAUUCCCUGGUCGUGGUGUGGUAUUCUCUUUGGACCAUGUUGCGACAAAAUGAAACACAAUGGAAGGAACUUGGAGAAUGGAAGCUUUUUGCCCACGACUGGUAUAACACCAAAAAUUUUGAAUGCGCGCUGAGCAUGGCUGAGUGCUCGGGAGACCGGAGGCUGGAAGGUUUGCAAGCAAUAUAUCCUGGGCUCGAGAACCGACCACUCGUGCGAAGAAUUUAUUUCGUCUCCAUGAUGUAUAUGAUAUUCCAUAACUACGCAAACCUUAUACAGACAUCCUUCGACAGAGUCAAAACCAAUUUGGUCCCGAUGGUCCCUGAGCUCGUUGCUGGUUUCACCCAACAAGGGAAUGCACACGCCGAUAGACUGUGUAGUAUCGUCAAAACUGUUGGUGAGGCACUGAUCGGACUCGCAAUCGCCCUGACCUCCACAGCCGUUACAGUGGCAUUGGCGCCAGUUCUCCUCGAGGCGGCGGAAUUGGUACAACUUGUAGAGCUAGGAGCAAAGUUAGGCUUGCAUACUGCACUGGUUAUUGGACAGCCGGCCCUUGCUGUGGCUGUCAAAGAGGGAAUGAGGAAAAAUGUGGCAACGGGGAUACCGGGAUUUUUGUACAGACUAUCACAAAAGCUUAAGCCACUACAGUGGAGCUCGAAUGGUGUCCAAUUCUCAUACAACUGGUGGGGGACUAUUCAGUCCCUGCCCCAAAUGUAUUAUACUCAGGUUACAUCGGUUGUUCAGGCGGCUCGUGAAGAGUACGGUGCACUGGAUGUUGAGGGUGGAUAUGGAAAUGGUGGCUGGGGCAGAUUGUGCUCACAAUUUGAAGGAGAUUUCGCCAGCCGCAAUGCCUUGAAUAUGGAUAAGUUGCAAAUUUGGAUUCCUGGCCAAUUCGAACUCAUUCGAAGUCGGAUUCAAAGACUGUACAAGGAGAUUUAUGAAGGCAGUAUUCCCUUCCCGGGAGGACCAAGCCUGAUGGCAUUCAUGAUGUCUGCCAGCCCAUGGACUGGCGAGGACUCAUUCUUGUCUGAUCUAAGAGACACAGGAAAGUGGCAGUAUAAUUUGGAACGGAACUUUGUCAAAGGCAUCAUAUCCAAACUAUUAGCAAAGAGCUACAACUACAUGGUUUGCACCCACGACCCAAAAGCAAGAGCUAUGUGUGACGCCGCCGACAAAUAUUCCAAACCCUCGAGUGAAUGGGAUGAGCGAAUGACUACCCUGUCCAAAUCCAGAUUCUGCCCUCUUCCGGAUACCGACCCGAACAUGAUAUGCCAGGUAGAAAAAUGGUAUUUCGCAGUAACCAGUCAACAUGACAGGGCAAUGAAUGGCCUUGAUUCAUUCGAGGGUUUUCAACUGAACAGAUUUAAGUUCAAAAGGAAGGAAUUGUUCAAGGAAUCUUUUGAUAACUACAUAAGAUGCGGGAACAACUGUACAAAUCUGGAUUGGCACAAAGGCCCCUUUUCAAGGGACAUGACGUUUGCCGGUAUCUUUCAUAUGCCUACUUGCAAGAGCGAUAAUUUGCGCCUCAUGGAUUUUACACAGUUUUGGGGAUGGAAGGCCCAUCCAGUUUGCGGAGAUCAUCAUGCAAGCGAAACACAGGGUUUUUUGGAAGCUAUGAAUGCAGGAAUCCACAGCGACGUUUAUGCACACCAUUAUUACUAUAGAUCAACGGAUCAACUCUGGAAAGAUAGAAUCCCAAGGCAACUUGAGGCAAUGGGCCUCCAGCCUUAUGAUCACUUCGUUGCCAUGUGUGGGGCAGGCAUAUAUUUGCCUGGCCGACUAUUCGUUGGCCAGAGUAACCGCAGAGUACCACGAUCUCCUCAACAAGGUAUUCAUUACAGAUGUAAGGACGUCUCCGAGGCAACUGCCAUGAUGAACCAAUAUGAAGCCAACAAAUGGUUCUGCGUCGAUUCUUACAUUGGGAAAGAUAUCCAAGAUGAUACUCGGGCAGGGAGAUAUCAUUUGCCAGAGCUCCCCGAGCGAAGAUUGCUGAAUUACAGGCAGCGGUGUAGAAAAUGGAGAAGAAGAUACCUCAAGCCUGUUGACAAAGAGGUCAUCAUAACCAAAGAGAAAUCCGAGGAAAAACCCAAUGGCACAGAGAUCGUUAUAACUAAGGAAAAGUCUGAUGGCACGGAGAUCACUAUAACUAAGGACAAAUCUGAUGGCAUCGAGAUCGAUAUAAGUAAGGGUAAAGCUGAGAAUGAACCUGAGGGUCAAGCUGAGCCUGAAUCUGACGAAGACGCCGAGGAGAAAGCCGAAGAUGAGUCUGAGAGCGAGGCUGAGGAUCAAGCUGAGCCUGAAUCUGACGAAAAGGCCGAGGGGAAAGCCGAAGAUGAAUCUAAGAAUAAGGCUGAAGAUCAAGCUGAAGAAGACCAAGAAGAAGCUGGGAAGACAGCUGAGGAGGAAAGCUCUGGCCAACAAAAAUAA